CUUAGCACGGGAGUGCAGGAGCCCCGAGGCCCAGCCCGUUUGCGUCCUCUCGCCUUUCCUUCCUCGGUGCUCGGAGCUAGGGGGAGGCCCCGCCGCGGGAGGCGGCACAGGAGAGGCCGCGCUCUUCGGUGCCGUGAUCUCGGUUCAGCUGCUUCUCCGGCCCCCCAGCUGGGUUUCCCGCCACAAGCCCCCUCUCGCUUGCAUCUCUCGCGGAGGCAGCGCUUGGCCUAGUUGUGUCUCGCUUUGCCCUUUAUGCCUCCGGGGUGCGAGCGCCGUUCGGGGUCCGCGUCGGAGCAUCGCGUUGCCCCUGAUGCCUGAAACUCUGGGGAGUAUCCAUCAAAGCUUGCUUGCUUCAACAGACACAAAAAAAUUAAUGGGCAAAAUUACGGUUUUUAGGUGACAAACAGCAUGUUUGGUGCUUCAAGAAAGAAGUUUGUAGAGGGGGUCGACAGUGACUACCAUGAUGAAAAUAUGUACUACAGCCAGUCUUCGAUGUUCCCACAUCGAUCAGAAAAAGAUAUACUGGCAUCACCAUCAACAUCAGGUCAGCUGUCUCAGUUUGGGGCAAGUUUAUAUGGGCAACAAAGUGCACUAGGCCUUCCAAUGAGGGGAAUGAGCAACAAUACCCCUCAGUUAAAUCGCAGCUUAUCACAAGGCACGCAGUUACCAACCCAUGUAACGCCAACAACAGGGGUACCAACAAUGUCACUUCACACGCCUCCAUCUCCGAGCAGGGGUAUAUUGCCUAUGAAUCCUAGGAAUAUGAUGAACCACUCCCAGGUUGGCCAGGGCAUUGGAAUUCCCAGCAGGACAAACAGCAUGAGCAGUUCAGGUUUAGGCAGUCCUAAUCGAAGUUCACCCAGCAUAAUCUGUAUGCCAAAGCAACAACCCUCUCGACAACCUUUUACUGUGAACAGCAUGUCUGGAUUUGGAAUGAACAGGAAUCAGGCGUUUGGAAUGAAUAACUCUUUAUCAAGUAAUAUUUUUAAUGGAACAGAUGGCAGUGAAAAUGUUACAGGACUGGAUCUUUCAGAUUUUCCAGCACUAGCAGACAGAAAUAGAAGGGAAGGAAGUGGGAACCCAACUCCAUUAAUAAACCCUCUAGCUGGAAGGGCACCCUAUGUUGGGAUGGUAACAAAACCAGCAAAUGAGCAAACCCAGGACUUUUCAAUACACAAUGAAGAUUUUCCGGCAUUACCAGGCUCGAACUACAAAGAUCCAACAUCGAGUAAUGAUGACAGUAAACCUAAUUUGAAUACAUCAGGCAAAACAUCUUCUAGUGCAGAUGGUCCAAAAUUUCCUGGAGAUAAAAGUUCAACAACGCAAAACAAUAACCAGCAGAAAAAGGGGAUUCAGGUGUUACCUGAUGGUCGGGUUACCAACAUUCCACAGGGGAUGGUGACAGACCAGUUUGGAAUGAUUGGUUUGUUAACAUUCAUCAGGGCAGCAGAGACAGACCCUGGCAUGGUACAUCUUGCAUUAGGAAGUGACUUGACAACUCUAGGUCUCAAUCUCAAUUCUCCUGAAAAUCUUUACCCCAAAUUUGCAUCACCUUGGGCUUCUUCACCCUGUCGACCUCAAGACAUAGACUUCCAUGUUCCUUCUGAAUACUUAACAAAUAUUCACAUUAGGGAUAAGUUGGCUGCAAUAAAACUUGGUCGCUAUGGGGAAGAUCUACUCUUUUAUCUCUAUUAUAUGAAUGGAGGAGAUGUAUUACAGCUAUUAGCAGCAGUAGAGCUAUUUAACCGAGAUUGGAGAUACCACAAAGAAGAGAGAGUAUGGAUUACCAGGGCACCAGGCAUGGAGCCAACAAUGAAAACCAAUACAUAUGAGAGAGGAACAUACUAUUUCUUUGACUGUCUUAACUGGAGAAAAGUAGCUAAGGAGUUCCAUCUGGAAUAUGAUAAACUAGAAGAACGGCCUCAUUUGCCAUCCACCUUCAACUACAACCCUGCUCAGCAAGCCUUCUGAAGACUUCCCUUGUCUUGGGUAUGGCUGUCUCAGCACAAUACUCAACAUAACUGCAAAACUGAAGUGGCUCAGGCAUCCCGAUUUUAAUUCCUUUUGAGGAUCUGGCAAUUGGUUCAUGCAAAAGGGUCACCAUUUGAAGUCCUGCCUUACUAAUUAUGUGCUGCCCAACAACUAAAUUUAUAAUUUGUUUUCCUUUAGUUUGAGCAGGGUCGGAUUUUUUUUUAUAUUCUUUUUAUUUUUUUGCCAGCAGACAAGCUUGGGUCUGUAAAGACAAGCAAGUACACUGACAAAAGUUUACUACUUAGUUUCCAAAAUGUAAAAAAAAAGGAAAAAAGAAACAAAAUAGACAAUAAAAUUUGCAUUGUUCAUUGUAGCACUCUUGGUAAUAAAAAAAUGUUUGUGCAUUUUUAUGUGAAGAUCCUUCUCGUAUUUCAUUUGGAAAGAUGAGCAAGGUCUGCUUCCUUCAUUUUACUUCCCCUUCAGUUUUUGAAAAGGCAGUUUUCGCCAACUUAAUGCAAGAAUAUCUGUUUAGAAGAAAGAAAUUGCCACAACUUUUGGUUCAUUUCCAAGGUUGUGUGUUACUGAGCUUCAUCUUUCCAGAAUGAGCAAAACACUGUCCAGUCUUUGUUACGAUUUUGUAAUAAAUGUGUACAUUUUUUUUAAAUUUUUGGACAUCACAUGAAUAAAGGUAUGUAUGUACGAAUGUGUAUAUAUUAUAUAUAUGACAUCUAUUUUGGAAAAUGUUUGCCCUGCUGUACCUCAUUUUUAGGAGGUGUGCAUGGAUGCAAUAUAUGAAAACGGGACAUUCUGGAACUGCUGGUCAGGGGACGUCUAUGUCGCCCUGUGCACUAAAGGGCCAGAUUUCAGCAGCCAAGGACAUCCAUACCCAAGUGAAUGUGAUGGGACUUAACGAAGUGAACUGAGACAAUUCACUCUGGCUGUUUGAACAGCAGCGUUUCAUAGGAAGAGAAAAAAAAAAAGAUCAAUCUUGUAUUUUCUGACCACAUAAAGGCUUCUUCUCUUUGUAAUAAAGUAGAAAAGCUCUCCUCA